GGCGAGAGCGGAAAGAGCACGUUCAUCAAGCAGAUGCGGAUCAUCCACGGGGCAGGCUACUCGGAGGAGGACAAGCGGGGCUUCACCAAGCUCGUGUACCAGAACAUCUUCACUGCCAUGCAGGCCAUGAUCCGCGCCAUGGAGACCCUAAAGAUCCUGUACAAGUAUGAGCAGAACAAGGCCAACGCGCUCCUGAUCCGCGAGGUAGAUGUGGAGAAGGUGACGACAUUUGAACACCGUUACGUGCACGCCAUCAAGACCCUGUGGGAUGACCCUGGCAUCCAGGAGUGCUAUGACCGCAGGCGGGAAUACCAGCUCUCAGACUCCGCCAAGUACUACCUGGCCGACGUGGACCGCAUCGCCACCUCAGGCUACCUGCCCACCCAGCAGGACGUGCUGCGGGUCCGUGUGCCCACCACUGGCAUCAUCGAGUACCCUUUCGACCUGGAGAACAUCAUCUUCAGGAUGGUAGACGUGGGAGGCCAGAGGUCAGAGCGGAGAAAGUGGAUCCACUGCUUUGAGAACGUGACGUCCAUCAUGUUCCUUGUGGCCCUGAGUGAAUAUGACCAAGUGCUGGUGGAGUCGGACAAUGAGAACCGCAUGGAGGAGAGCAAAGCCCUCUUCCGGACCAUCAUCACCUACCCCUGGUUCCAGAACUCCUCGGUCAUUCUCUUCCUCAACAAGAAGGACUUGCUGGAGGAUAAGAUCCUGCACUCCCACCUGGUGGACUACUUCCCCGAGUUUGACGGGCCACAGCGAGAUGCACAGGCCGCCCGGGAGUUCAUCCUGAAGAUGUUUGUGGACCUGAACCCCGACAGCGACAAGAUCAUCUACUCCCACUUCACGUGCGCCACCGACACGGAGAACAUCCGCUUUGUGUUCGCGGCCGUCAAGGACACCAUCCUGCAGCUCAACCUGAAGGAGUACAACCUGGUCUGACCCGGCCGCCGCCGCCGCCCCCAGGGGACAGGGACAGCCACGAGUUGAUUUUGUUUUCCUAUUUUUAACAAAGGGUUUUUAUUUCACAGCUAUCAGGGGACGUACGUGUUUCUUUCUAUACACCCCCGUGCACUUUCUCAUCUGUGUCAGCGGCGCGGCAGCCUUUUCCUGGCCUUGACUCGUGGCUCGCUUUUUUC